GCUCUCCUUUGUCCCACAAUGGCGGCUGCGACGGUCCGCUCCACACUCCGCCGCAAUAGCCUUCUGCCCUUUUUCGAAACCUGCCGCCUUCGAGAUAUCCUCUUCUUCUCCUCCUCUGUCAACGCUUCCGCCGCCGUAGGCGGCACCAUAUCUCCAGAUCCCCACUUCAUGGUGGAAUACCUCGUCAACUCCUGCGGGUUCUCCUCCUCCGAGGCAGCCAAGUUCUCUAAACCCCUUGCGCACCUCCGAUCCACCAAGAAACCCGACGCCAUCCUUAACUUCAUGAGAUCUCAGGGCUUCGAUGGCGCUGGUAUCAGGAAGUUGAUAUCUUCGAGCCCCAUUUACCUAUGCUGCAACGUGGAGAAGAACCUCGCCCCGAAGUUUCAGUUCUUACGCGAUUUGGGCCUCUCGGAGUCGUACAUCGUCGAUGCCAUCGUGAAUAACCAGCGCAUCCUCCGCCUCGACGUUCACCGUUCCUUGGUCCCCAAAUUGGAGAUGUGGGAAAGUCUCUUGGGAUCGAGAGAGCUCGUUCUCAAGCAUCUCAAGAAGACAACACGGUUUUUCUUCUCCAGCGUUGAGAAGGGUGCUGCUGCGGCCGCUCUCUUUUGUCCCAUAAUGGCGGCUGCGAGGCUCCGCACCGGACUCCGCCGCAAUUGCCUUCUGCCCUUGUUCGAAACCUACCGCCUUCGAGAUCUCCUCUUCUUCUCCUCCUCUGUCGGCUCUAUCGCCGCCGUAGGCGGCACCAUAUCUCCAGAUCCCUACUUCAUGGUGGAAUACCUCAUGAACUCCUGCGGGUUCUCCCCCUCCAAGGCAGCCAAGUUCUCUAAACCACUUGCGCACCUCCGAUCCAACGAGAAACCUGAAGCCGUCCUUAACUUCAUGAGAUCCCAGGGCUUCGAUGGCGUUGGUAUCAUGAAGUUGAUAUCUUGGAAUCCCAAAUACCUGUGCUUCAACGUGGAGACGAACCUCGCCCCGAAGUUUCAGUUCUUAUGCGAUUUGGGCCUAUCGGAGUCGGACAUCGUCGUUGCCAUCGUGAAGAAUCAUGACAUCCUCGGCCUCAACGUUCAUCGUUCCUUCGUUCCCAGAUUGGAGAUGUUGGAAAGUCUCUUGGGAUCGAGAGACCUCGUUCUCAAGCUUCUCAAGAAGACAAGAUGGUUUUUCUCCUCCGGCGUUGAGAAGAAAUUGCAUCCUAACCUAAAGUUCUUGAGGGAUGAGUGCGGCAUUCCUGAAGAAAGAGCUGAUGAGCUGGGGACGCCACGGCUAUCUCGGAUGUUCGUGCGGACACUUGUUGCUCUCCACAAGGUAAGCAAAGAAAGGUUCGAUGCCAAGGUCGAGCUCAUGAGGAGCUUCGGGUGGUCGGAGUCGGAGUUUUCUUCUGCAGUCAGGAAAGCACCCACCUUCUUAUGCAUCUCCCUCGAUAUGUUGCGCAGAAAAGUGGAAUUUUUUAUCAAUGCAGUCGGUUACACCACUUCCUUCGUCGUCGACAAAUCAUAUCUCUUGCUAUUUUGCCUGCAGAAGAGGGUAAUUCCUCGGUUUCGUGUCACAGAGAUGUUGAAAUCGAAAGGAUUGUUGACUGGACAAGCCAAGUUUCCAUACAUUCUCACAUUAUCAGAUACCAAAUUCUUGGAGAAGUUUGUUCUCCCUCACAAUGAAAAUGUUCCUGAGCUGCUCGAUAUUUUGAGAGUUGAGGGCGUGUGUAAAGGAAAAUGAUACCUUUCAUUUGGUAUCGGAGGCUGAGAAAGGGCUUAGCUGAUGGUCUAAUUUGCCAACGACGAAGGUAGAUUAUCCCCUAAUUUGAGAUUUUGGAAAUAGAAUGCAAAGGGCUUAUCAAAAGGUGAAUUGAGGUUGUAUGGACUUUUCUCUGAUCAUCAAAACUUGAGUAUGCUCUCCUGAAAUGUCUUCAGCCUCCUUUGGAAUUGCUAAAGCUUUUCCUGCAUAAACAAACUCUUACCUGCCUCCUUAGGCUUCUGCUCAUCCGCCCUUUGUGAUUUGAGCAGCAGAUCUCUUCAUUCUUGGAGUUCAUUGUUGGAUUCGGUGGAUGCAACUUCUCAUCGACCCUUUGUAUCAUGGCUGAAGCUUCUGCUCUACCCGAAAGCCUUCGGAAGGCUAAGAGAAUUGCGAUGAUUCGCUGGUUCCUUAAGAAUAUUUUGGAUAACAUCUU